UAUGAAUUUGCAGUUUGAAAAAUCAAAUUGGAGAUGUGGAGGUGUUAUUUACCUUUUUUCUUUUGUGCUGCAGAUUAACCUUAAAGAUGGUAAAAUUUAUAAGAUACGUGUUGGACGUGACAACAGUGGAAAGGAUCCUAGGUGGAAUCUGGAAGAAAUGCGACUUGAGAAGAUCAACACCCAGGAGCUGUUGUGUUUCGCUGUUGAUCCCUGGAUGGCUGAGAAUGAAAACGAUGGAGAACGAACAGAGCGCCUUGGCCAGGUUGAUGUUUUUUCCAUUGAGGCAGUGGCUCUUGGAGAAUUGGAGAAAAUUUGGAUUAGUCAUGAUGGGACAGGUCCAGUUUUCACAGGAAAUGGCUGGUUUCUUGAGCGUGUUGUUCUUAAAUGUGAAGAGGAAGACGGCAACCAGGAGGCAUUGUUCCCAUGCAACAGGUGUGCUGUCACCGGUCCCUCACUGCGUGCGGUGAUGCGCCCUUUGUCCAGGACUUCCAGCUGGACACCAGCCUGCCCCUCCAUCUGUCUGGCCACAUUGCACCCUCCUUUAAAACCUGAGUGGAAGGCUUGCACUCCCUAGGAAGCUGCUCCUUAUCAUGGUCUGGCACUUACCGCUCCCUGACCCUGGAGAAGCCCCCGGUGAAGCGAGAACUCUACCAAGCAACUCAUCCCAGCCUCACCCGCGGCCUCAGAGGGGCUCCGUGACACUUCUGUUCCACAGGUGAGGAAGCUGAGACACCCAGAGGUCAGAUUUCUUACCUAAACACGAACAGGGUUCAGGGCCGGGGGGGUCUGACUCUCGAACUGCACUGUCCCAUCGGGGAUUAAAAGCUCGUGUCUGUUGAGCUCCUGAACUGCCCCUGUCCCAAAUCAAGGUGUGAGGAGGUGUAAAAGGCAUGUGCCAGCUGCCAGAGACAAGGAGUCAGUAAGACUGUGGUUGUGGAAGUCCAUUCGGGCUGCUGUAACAGCACCCGGCAGUCCGGUGGCUUAGAAACGAUGGACGUUUAUUUCUCUUGGCUGCAGAGACUGCAUGUCUGGGAUCAGGGUGCCAGCCAGGCUGGGUCCCGCUGAAGGCUUCUUUCAAGCCGCCAGCUGCCAACUUGUUGCUGUGUCCUCCCUUGGAGGGUGAGGAGGGGCUCUGGAGCCCCCCGUAGACACUGAUCCCACCCAGAAGUCCAACCUCCCAACUUCUACAGCAUAAACAUUUAGGGGAGACACAAAUAUCCAGGGCCCGGGAGUCAGCUCAGUCAUUUGUGGUAUUGAUAAAUGUUGAAAUGAUUACGA